ACAAAUUAAUUUCACAAGGAUGUACCUCGUUAAAAAAUGAUGUAAGAGGUGAGCGUUCGCGUACGAGCGAACCAUCACUAUCCUAAGAAGAGACGACCGAUGGUGGUUGAACGAAGUGAAAGAAUCGGUAAUGUACGCUAUUCUCUAUUCAACUUGUCGCUGGAGCUUUGUCCGCUGCCUAUUCCAGAUGCAUUUCUUGCGUGUCCGGUGAUAUGAGUGCGAGCUGUGCACCGUGAAAUUUUUGGAUGCUUUGAAAAUGAUCCUGCUUCAAUGGAUUCUGUUCUUCAUACUGUUAUACACACUCAAUGCAACCCCCGUAAGCUACCAAUACGUGAGAUAUCUACGAAAUGGAAGAGUUAAAUCUGAAACACCGCCACGAAGAUCUAGAAGUUUCGGCUUCGCGACUAAAGAAGUACUUUCAGAGAGUCAUUUCUGGAACAACGACGACAUCGAUCCCAACACGAAUUCUCUAACUUUCGAGGAACAUGGUGGCCACAUCACGCCAGAUUUUAGCAAUGGUUUAGAUUAUCCUGACCCUCUUCUUCUGACUGGAUCCGCAGCCAAAAGAGCAGUCGCUUAUUUAUACCGAAAACCUCUAUUUUUCGAAGACAUCAAGCACCUAGAUGCCCUUUUACACAAACAAGAUGAAAGAAGACGCAACGGUUUGUCGGGGAAUAAGUUAGGGUCUCUAAGACCGCAUCUGCCAUUCUAUAGGUUUAAAAAGAGUUUUUACAGCGGCUUUUUCUAGGUUUAGUAACUUAUGUGUAAAUAAAACAAACUAUUAAGUAUACUUAAUAAAAUUAUUUUAUGUACAAA